ACAACCUACCAACAUUCAGUCAACCUCAAUCAACCAAAACAAGUAGGGCCAGCCUCAACCGGUCCUCAACUUAACCCCCCCCAAAAUCCAAAUCCAAUAAUGUCAACAACACCUCCCGCCCCCUCAGACUCCAGCACCCCCAACAACAGCAACCCAAAGACAACAGCAGGCACUCUCCUCCCCAACGACACCUUCCCCUUCCCGCGCGAAUUCUUCUUCCCCCCCUUCUUCACCCGCCAAACCAACCUGACGACCCACCACGCCCAACUCACCAAAUGGUCCUCCCUCUUACUCGCCUACUGCCGCCAUCACCGCCUCUUUCGCCUCUCCCUGAACCCUGACGCCAUUCCCUUCCACAACCCGCGUAUCAACCGCCGCUUGGCGCCGGGGGAUAUCAGACGGGUAGUGGAUUUUCUGAGAAAAGAUGGACGGGCCGAAUAUGUUCUUCCUCUUGGCCAGACCAAAAAAGAUGGGACCAUGACAACGACGGCAAGAGGAGGAGGAGGGGAAGCGGGAGAGGGAGGGGAGGCAUUCAUCUACUGGCGGACACCAGAGGAAUGGGGAUCGCUGAUUGAAGCAUGGGUGGAGGAGACGGGGCAGAGGGGGUCCGUCUUGACUGUUUACGAGCUGAGGGAGGGAGAGGGGACGAGGGGGACCGAGAUUUGGGGGAUGGAUGGGGAUGUGCUGGUCAAAGCGCUGGGUACGGUAGUCAAGAGAGGGAAGGCGCAGAUCUUUCAGAGUGGCGAGGAUUCGUUGGGUGUCAAGUUCUUCUAAGACAGAGCGGAGCGAGGGAUGGAUGCAGGAGAAAAAUGGAUGGAAAGAUGGGCGAGGUUGACUGGCUGCGUGGGUGGGUGUGGAAAUCAGAAGCGUGGUUGAUGAGGACGUCGAUGGAGUUUAUGGGACCUGUCAGUGAUUAAUUGUUGUGGCGGUCAACGGGCUCACUUCAAGAGGG